AUGGCAUUCUUCUCAGGCCCUCGAGCCCUGCCCCCAACAUCAGUGGAGAGCACCACACCAAUCAGCCAAGCGCAAGCGCAAGAGUUCCUCCGCGCCUACCUCGACCGCGCGAACACCGACCCUUCAUUGCAACCCAACGCCGGCAUUAGCGAGCACGGCCCCGUCUCGCGGACGACCGCCGCAGCACCAAACCUGAUCUUGCACAACCUGAAGCGCGUUCAAGCAGGUUUGGCGGGUGAGCUUCUCGGCCGCGACUUGACGUCCGCAAAGCAGAACCCCGGGGAAGAAUACACAGAGGGUGCGGCCGAGGUCGCACCCAAGAAUGAGGACGAGGACCACGAUCUUACCAUGAAUGAUGCCGACUUUGGUGGAGAGGCGGAGGCUUUCGCGGAACAGGAAGAUGGCCUUGAUAAGGAAGAGCGCAAGCGCAAGAAGAAGGAGAGACGACUGGCGGAGAAAAAGGGAAAGGCCCAGAAGGCUAAGGAAGAGGCCGAGGACUCUGAUUAG